UGGUCCCUCGGAGAACCCAUUCGAAGCCAGAGGAAAAUUUUUAAGAAAGUCAUCGUCUGUGUCAGACUCCAUUAUUCGCUUGAACAAAUCAUCAUAUUUUUCGGUUUCUACUGCUAAAGAUUAUGGAUUUGCUAGAGCCAAGCCACGCAAAGUUUCGACGGUCAAUAUUGGCCGUCGAUUGUUAGCUUGGGAAUCCGAGAAAAGGAGACAGAAUGAAACUCUUAUUAAAUCAUUUGAUUCCGAAGAGAUCGAUAUUCACAUAGACGGCUCGACCAUAAAAAGGGCAAUGGGCAUUACCCCAUACGAAUGUGCCAAAAGCAUUGCUCAAGAACUAGCAGAUAGUUCAAUCGUAGCUCUG